AAGUCUCUGGUGCCCGAGCGAGCCUCCUCCACGGCUUCCUGUCCCCUCUGCCCGCUCGGAGUGUGUGCAGGAGUGGGAGCGCGGGGCUGUGCGCGCACCGCUCUCCGCCUCCGCCUCGGCCGGCCACGGCGCUUCCUCCCGCCCACCGUGCCGGCCCGGCCCGGACUCGCACCUCGCCCGUGCCCUUCACUCGCUCUUCCGCGUGAUUUCCCCGCCGUCUUUCUCUACCAACUGGGAAUGCUAAAACGGGCCUGAUGGACGUGUCAGAACUCUGCAUCCCGGACCCCCUCGGCUACCACAACCAGCUGCUGAACAGAAUGUCUGCAGAUGACCGGCACCUGAGCUCCAGCUGUGGCUCCUUCAUCAAGACGGAGCCAUCCAGCCCGUCCUCGGGCAUCGAUGCCCUCAGCCACCACAGCCCCAGUGGCUCGUCGGACGCCAGUGGCGGCUUUGGCCUGGCCCUGGGCCCCCACGCCAACGGUCUGGACUCGCCUCCCAUGUUUGCAGGCGCCGGGCUGGGAGGCACCCCGUGUCGCAAGAGCUACGAGGACUGUGCCAGCGGCAUCAUGGAGGACUCGGCCAUCAAGUGCGAGUACAUGCUGAACGCCAUCCCCAAGCGCCUGUGCCUGGUGUGCGGGGACAUUGCCUCCGGCUACCACUACGGAGUGGCCUCCUGCGAGGCCUGCAAGGCCUUCUUCAAGAGGACCAUCCAAGGGAACAUCGAGUACAGCUGCCCGGCCACCAACGAGUGUGAGAUCACGAAGCGGAGGCGGAAGUCCUGCCAGGCCUGCCGCUUCAUGAAAUGCCUCAAAGUGGGGAUGCUGAAGGAAGGUGUGCGCCUUGACCGGGUGCGUGGAGGCCGCCAGAAAUACAAGCGACGGCUGGACUCGGAGAGCAGCCCCUACCUGAGCUUACAGAUUUCCCCACCUGCUAAAAAGCCAUUGACCAAGAUUGUCUCCUACCUGCUAGUGGCUGAGCCGGACAAGCUCUACGCCAUGCCUCCCCCCGGCAUGCCUGAGGGCGACAUCAAGGCCCUGACCACUCUCUGUGACCUGGCGGACAGAGAGCUGGUGGUCAUCAUCGGCUGGGCCAAGCACAUCCCAGGCUUCUCGAACCUCUCCCUGGGCGACCAGAUGAGCCUGCUGCAGAGCGCCUGGAUGGAGAUCCUCAUCCUGGGCAUCGCGUACCGCUCGCUGCCCUACGACGACAAGCUGGUGUACGCCGAGGACUACAUCAUGGACGAGGAGCACUCCCGCCUCGCGGGGCUGCUGGAGCUCUACCGGGCCAUCCUGCAGCUGGUGCGCAGGUACAAGAAGCUCAAGGUGGAGAAAGAGGAGUUUGUGACGCUCAAGGCCCUGGCUCUGGCCAACUCAGAUUCCAUGUACAUCGAGGAUCUGGAGGCGGUCCAGAAGCUGCAGGACCUGCUGCACGAGGCGCUGCAGGACUACGAGCUGAGCCAGCGCCACGCGGAGCCGCGGAGGACGGGCCAGCUGCUGCUGACGCUGCCCCUGCUGCGGCAGACGGCCUCCAAGGCCGUGCAGCACUUCUACAGCGUCAAACUGCAGGGCAAGGUGCCCAUGCACAAACUCUUCCUGGAGAUGCUGGAGGCCAAGGUCUGACGGCCCACGCACAGACCGACUCCUGCCUGUGGACAGACAAAUGGACGGCCGGUGCAGAGACCUCCACAGCCGCCAGCCUCGACCUGCAAGCCCUGUGUCACGGGCAUGAGCCGUCCCAGAAGAAGGGGCUUCUUGCCUCCUGGCCGUGUGCAGAGUCCUGGGUGCUGUGGGGCAGGGGAGCAGGGUGGGAGGGCAGGGCCUGGGGCUCAUCUGUAACUGGCUUUUUCUUUGGUAUGAUUUUCCUUCUCCAUGGGCAGUGCUGAGGCCUGGGCCAGGGCUGACAUCCCUGAGACUGGAGACCACCGAGGAAAGGCCCCUUUCCCCACCGAACCACCAAGAGGCAGCGCAGACAUUUCCUGACCCCCCCCCCCCCCAGCCCUGGCCUGGUGGGCAGUGCUAGCGUCUAGGACCUGGCACACUCAGCCUGUGUGCCACCUGCGGUGUUCCUUUCUCAGAGGGCAGGCCCUGCUCCCAGAGACCCUGCCUACUCUGAGGUUCCCAGGGUCCCACCAGAGGCCCCACGUCUUCCCCAGGCCGGCGGGCCCUCCCUCCACACUUCCCGGGCUCUGCACACGCCCAGCUCCCAGCAGGGACUCGCCGUCGGGAGAGUAGCUGCUAGAAUGCAUUUUCCUGAGCCCCACAGCCCCCCUCGCCCCCACCUGGCAGUCCUCUUUUUCCUAUUCUCCCCCAGGAGCCCCCCUGCUACUUCCAGCCCACUCAGAGCUCAGACCAUGGCGCAGCCAGCCGAGGUGACCACCCCAGCUGGCAGUGCUGACUCCCAGAAGAGCGUCCGAGAGCCGCCCUUGCUCCCUGCUUCCCCCUCUGUCAGCCUCUGGAGCAGGUGGUCUGUGGGAAGCGGGGGAUAUGCAGGACCCUGGCCCCAUCCAAGGGCACCCUGGGCACCCCGAGUCCGGGCUGGCAGUCCUCGGAGGAUCCAAGCAGGAUGUGGAGAGACCCAGCCCAGUCUCGCCUGAGCAUGGGAAAGUCCGGAAGCAGAGAUGAGAAGGCAGGAGAAACCUGAAGACCUGGAGCUCAGUGGGGGUCAGCAGCCAGGACAGGAGGGGUAGCUCCUGCCACCCUUGGACUAAGGAGGUGUGGGGCACUGCGAGCGUCCAGCUCUCUGGCAGAACCACCCCAGCCCCCUCGCUGCUGUGCGGGGUGACCAGACACCCCAGUUUGCCCAAGAUGUUCCUGGUUUUAGCACUGAAAGCCCUGUGUCUCAGGAAACCCCUCCGUCUGGGCACAUGGGGACAGUUGGUCACCCGAGUGGCCAUGAAAAUCCAUUGUAACCCACUGGGGGAGCACAGCUCGGGGCACCCUGCCUGGCGUGCACAGGUUGCUGAGGGCGGCUUCGAGAUGCCCGAGGAGGAAGGGUUCCCAGCAUGAUGGAAGAUGCCCUGCUAAGCAGCUGCCUUUUGAAGCAUCAGAGCCACCCCACCUGGGACACUUUUCUGGGGAAUUCACAUCCAUUCUAACUCAGCCUCCCACCGCUGGAGAGGCAGGCAGACCCAGCCACCCUCGCUCAGACACCAGGAGGCCAGGUGCCCUCACCUACAGCCACAUGGUUUUCCUAAGACAAGCAGCUGGUUCCACCCCCAUCACACACACACACACACACACACAC